GUCGUUACAAGUAGUCCCGAAAAAAAUAACCUAAAAAAAAUAAAUAAAUAAAAAUCAGAGAUCGUCAACGAAUUCCAGGUGAAAAGGUGUUUCGUCGCCAUCCUCAGCUUCUGCAAAAAUUAAUGCGAUUUUCCUGACUUCGAAUUGGGAUUGUUGAACCCUGAAUAUGGUGCUGGUGUUGGCUUUAGGGGAUUUGCACAUACCCCAUAGAGCUCCUGAUCUGCCGGCAAAGUUCAAGUCCAUGCUCGUCCCUGGCAAGAUCCAGCACAUCAUCUGCACUGGGAAUCUUUGUAUCAAAGAAGUUCAAGAUUACUUGAGGACUCUUUGUCCUGACUUGCAUAUUACACGAGGUGAAUAUGAUGAAGAAACAAGAUACCCAGAGACUAAAACACUAACUAUUGGUCAAUUCAAGUUGGGAUUGUGCCAUGGGCAUCAGGUUAUUCCAUGGGGGGACCUAGACUCACUAGCCAUGCUACAAAGGCAGCUGGAUGUAGACAUACUUGUCACAGGUCACACCCAUCAGUUUGCAGCUUACAAACAUGAGGGAGGAGUCGUUAUAAACCCUGGGUCUGCCACAGGCGCCUAUAGCAGCAUCACAUAUGAUGUUAAUCCUAGCUUCGUGCUCAUGGAUAUUGAUGGGCUGCGUGUUGUGGUCUAUGUCUAUGAGCUCAUUGACGGAGAGGUCAAAGUGGACAAGAUUGAUUUCAAGAAGACCACUCACACUGCUCAUUGAGCACAAAUGUAUACCAUUUGGUGUUGCCUUGCCUUUUCUUUUCUUUUCUUUUUUUUUUUUUUUUUUUUUACUGAGUUCGUAAAAUACACAAUCAAUUUGUGGUGCAAGUGAUCCAUUUGUUACUUUGAGUGGGGUUUUUGAUUUAGAGAAUGGUUUAUAGUUUUGUUGUAUGCAUUGACCUGUGUCCUGAUUAGAGGGCCAUUGUUUUGUAUGAACAAAUCUCCCAACCAUAGUCUUAUUUUUCUGUUUUUCCUGUCGUGUUAGCAUAAGAUGAUUCUGAAUAAGCUUGGAACAAACUGAUGGUAGUUUGAUUUCCAAACAAAUCAUGUUAUUUUGAAGGGACUAAAUUGAUACUUACCCC